GUUUGAAUUGAAUUGGAACCCAAAAAACACAAACAAAAACCCACAAAAAAUCUUUGUAAACCCACCAAAAAAAAGACUUGGCUGAGUUCAAGAAUCAAAAGGGAUUACAAAAAUCCAAUUUAAUUCACAUAUGGCAACGGCAACAGCCACUUCUAUGGCGGCCACCGCCGUCUUCAUGCCCUGUCGGUUACCCACCACCGCCGCCAAGACACCGUGCUGCUCCGCUCUACCCUCCCUUCCACCGCCUCGCUUGUCCAUCCCAGCUUUUUCCACUUCCUUGAAACACCUCUCAGAAUCCCGGAGGUUUUCUUUGCUCCAAGUCAAAGCCUCUUCCUCAGAAGAGUCAUCCCCUGCCGAUGCUGGAGAGUUAUUCAAUGAUCUAAAGGAAAAGUGGGAUGCAGUAGAAAACAAAUCCACAGUCAUUCUCUAUGGAGGUGGGGCUAUUGUUGCAGUUUGGCUAUCUUCAAUUGUCGUCGGGGCCAUCAACUCCGUCCCUCUGCUUCCAAAGAUCAUGGAGUUGGUAGGGCUUGGAUACACUGGAUGGUUUGUCUACCGAUAUCUUCUGUUCAAGGAAAGUAGAAAAGAAUUGGCAACAGACAUUGAAGUGUUGAAGAAGAAGAUUUCUGGAACGGAAUAGAUGCAUGCGAUUGGCUAGCAGAGUCUGUCUUUCGUGCACUCCCAUCAUUGGUUUCAAAUGAUUUUUAGAUCUCCUUUGUGAGACGCUUAUGGUUCUGUAAUGUAGAAGAGGUCUUUUUAUGUAAUCUACUCUUGUAUUAUUGUUCAUCUUUGAAAUAAGAUUUGGCAAUUCUAUUUUCAGAUGACUUAUGUAGCAUUAUUUUUAGAUGGACAAAUGUAUCAUAAAAUUGCUUUGAUGAUAAGCCACUUUCGAUUUAUGUUGUUGGUAUAAAAGCUCAUUGACAAGCUUCAUAUAUAUAAGCCCUACAAAACCAAUGUUGGAUUUUGAUGGCAACUUUCUUA